AUGAGUGCUAAAAAUGCAGUGAUCUUGCUGGUGCUAGUGUGUGCUUACCAAACCAAAGGACUGAUAGAGGACAACCAUGCCAAUACGAUAUCGGAUACCCAGAAGAAUAUUGCCAACAAUACGGAACGGACAGGCAGAUCUUUGCAUAAGGAAUGCAGUAGCUUGUUGAGUGCAAAAUGCUUGAAGAUACACGCGCUUUCGUUCCUGGAGGACUUGAGCUCUCGCGAUGAGCUGUCUCUCUUCCCUGGACUGAGUAUUGUGAAGGAAAACCAGACCGGGAGCACGCCCAGCGCCGAGGAAAUGGCUGCGGAGCUAUCCCGGCAAUUCCCUGGAAAACCGGAGGAGAAACUGAACAGGUUCCUUUUGUACCGGCUCCAGAACUACCUGGAUGGGCACUCUUUGAAGUACAAACUGCUGGAUUCUCAGACAGCUAAAGAUGCGAUGGAACUGGCGAAAGAUGAGUCUGUCGGCAGGGGCAAGGGGGGCGGCGGUGGUGGUUUUGGAGGCGGCAAGGGAGGCGGCGGUCUUCUAGCAGUAGCUUUGAUGAUGAAAGGUGCAUUGGGAGCGGCUGCUUUAGGUGCCCUAGCGCUGUUAGCAGGUAAAGCUUUGAUGACGGCUCUGAUGUCCCUGUUGCUGUCUGCUCUCGUCGGCCUCAAAGGCAGCGGCGGUCACAAAUCCACCACUUACGAAAUCAUCACCAAACCCGAAGUGUCCCAUCACCACUCCCACAGUCACGAAGAGCAACAUGAGCAUGGACACCAUGGAGGCUACAGAAGAGCCUACGACAUGAGUUACAACAGCUACAUGCCUUACGAUACCACGUCAAGCUAA